ACAAUAACACGCUGCACAUAUCGGCCUGGUUUUGUCAGAGAAGUGCAACAUACAUAACAGUAAGAUAAACCUGUUCACUGGGAUGAUUUCGCUGAAGACUGGGGUAGAAAUUAGCCGAUCUGUGGACCAGUAUGCUUUUAUAUUACAGUGGACCCCCGCAUAACGAUCACCUCCGAAUGCGACCAAUUAUGCAACACAUACGAGAUGACAGUUCUUGGCUAACAUGCUUCAAGUUCUCCAGAAGGCUUGCUGCACCUCAAACUCCUACAAGUAUGGCAGAUGGUACAUUGGUUUAAGAUCAUUUAACAUUAAAUCGCUUGCAUCACAGCCAGUCAAAAAGUAUAGACCCAUAAAGUGUAUUCAUGUGUGUGCGCAUUUGAUUUGUUCUGAAAAUAUCAGUAAGGUUGUUAACCUUAAACAAUAUUUAAAAUACAUGACUUCUCUACAUAAGAUUAAGCAAACAAUGGAUAUAAGUCUUUUCUCCCCCCCAGCAUGUGUGAGAGGAAUGACUGAACUCAAUAGAGACUCAUUCAAAAAGAACAUAAUUGUUCCUCAUGUCACUGUUAAAAGUAGUGAAAUAAAUGGUGCACUCAAAUGCCUUAAAAAGUAUUUAUUAAAGUUGCAUAAAUUCAAGUGUGUUCAGAAUGAUGAAAAUGAUGCAGACAAGAAGGUAUUAGUACUUAACCCUUUACUGGUAACAGAAUUUGCCGAUAUUGAAGGAGACUUAAUGAAAUUUUGUGAUGAUGCCAUUUUCAUUUCCAAAGAAAUUGCACUAAGUUAUGAAAAUUGGAAAGCUGAAGACAUUUUGAAGGCUGUACUUCCAGAAAACCAAGAAGGAGUCCAAAGUUACUCAUUAAUAGGACACAUCCUUCAUCUCAAUCUUCGUGAACAUGUGCUCCCAUAUAAAUUCUUGACUGGACAAGUUUUUCUGGAUAAGAUCCCAGGUAUUUCUUUAGUUGUUAACAAAACAAAUAAUAUUGAUUCCACUUACAGGAACUUUGAGAUGGAAGUUUUGGCAGGUAGCGGGGACACACUUGUGACUGUCAGAGAAAAUGGUAGCGUAUAUUCAAUGGAUUUUGCAAAAGUAUACUGGAAUCCCCGACUCUCGACUGAACAUGACCGUGUAAUAAAGAAAUUUAAGCAUGGGGACAUCCUGUACGAUGUCAUGGCAGGUAUAGGGCCAUUUGCUAUUCCAGUAGGACGAAAGAAGUGUUAUGUUUUAGCCAAUGAUCUUAAUCCACAUUCGUAUGAUGCUCUAGUGAAGAACUGUGAAAAAAACAAUGUGAAUGACAGAGUCAGAUGCUAUAAUCUAGAUGGUGGUGAAUUCAUCAAGACAGUGUUGAAAGCUGACCUUUUGGAAAAGUGGCAAGAUAAGAGUUUUUGUGGUACUGUGCACAUCACCAUGAAUCUUCCUGCUAUGGCAGUUGAAUUUCUGCCAGCAUUUGUGGGCCUUUAUAAAAAUAUAGAUUUGCCUCAGAAUCUAUCAUUACCAAUUCUUCAUGUGUACAUGUUUACAAAUGAUGUGACAGAUGAUGAUGCCAUAAGUAAGGUAGCUGAAAAGCUUGGUUAUGCUACUCAUUCACAUGUUUCACAUAAGGAAAAUGAAAUAUUAGCUGAAAGUACAACCACUGAAAUGUGUCUUGAAGAAAACCUAAAGUGUUCCACCAAAACCAGAUUGCUAAAUAACUUAGAUCUACGAAAGUAUGUUCUUGAAGUAGUAAACAUACGAAAGGUAGCCCCAAAUAAGAUAAUGAUGCGUGUAAGUUUACAACUGCCAAUAGAAGUUUUGUUGAAGGAUUCAGAUACUCUUGAUGGACCUCCAUGUAAGAAAUCAAAGGAACUGUGAUACUUUUGAGUAGUAAAACUAAGGAUCUAUUACUUAUUUUUUAUAUGGUAAUACAAUGUGCAGUACAUUCUCUAUACAGUAAAUGGAUGUUGUUAGUUUCAAGUUAUACAACAUUUGUUUAAUAGGAAGCACAAUUUUUAUCUAACUCUGUUUAGGACACCUAUUUUAAAGCGAUCUUUGUUUUAUGUAAUUACCAAAAAAAGUACCAUUAAAAUUUUCAUUUUGCA